AUGAGUAAAAAUGAGACACGCCAUUAUGCAAUAUUACAGGGACACAUAAUAUUGAGCGAGCUUCAUCCCUCAGUGAUGUUGCCAAAAGAGGUGUACCAAAGCCUCAUUAUCAAGUCCUCGGGCAGUGCGACCCGCCUCAUUCGUCUGCUGAUGAAAAGUUUCUUCAGUCAGGAGGAACUCGCUGCAUCCUCUCUCUCUGGCGAAGGGAUCUACAAGCAGCGACUACAGCCCGAGAUCACUGAGGCCAUUAAAGGUCCUGGGUCAGGUGUUCCAUUUAAUUUGAUCAAUUUUCAUGUCCACAUUCACUUGUCAGAAUGGAAGGUCUGCCUCCAUCCGUGGAUAGUAGCUGCAUCCCAACCACGUGAAGACUUCACAAAUGUUCCAACCAGUUGUAACAUAUAG